AUGAGUGUAAAGCUUGUUAAAACAUGUAAAAAAAAGAAUAACAAAGGUUUAGUACGCUUAGAAACUACGUUACAGGCAGGACAAGCGUUUCGUUGGAAAUAUUUGGGCGAUGAAUGGUCUUGUGCGUUUAAUAAUAUGAUUAUUUUAUUAAAACAAGAUGCAUCAUACGUUUAUUAUAGAGUAAUAAGCAGAGAAUUGGCUUUUAUGAAAAAUGAAAAGGAACAUAUUGCAUUUCUUGAAAAUUACUUCAAUUUAUCAGUUCGUUUGUGUGAUUUAUAUAAAGAAUGGGCACAUAAGGAUAAAAACUUUAAGUUACAAAUGAGAAGGUUUAAAGGUGUUCGGAUUUUGCGGCAGGAUCCUUGGGAAAACUUGAUUUGUUUUAUUUGUUCGAGUAAUAAUAAUAUUCGCCGGAUAACAAAGAUGGUUGAUAUUCUUUGUUCCAGAUAUGGUUCAUUGGUAGGAACAGUGAGGAAUAUUGAUUAUUUUAACUUUCCUACACCAGCAAAACUUUCAGAGUCAUCUGUGGAGUCUGAAUUGAGACAAUUAGGCUUUGGAUACAGAGCAAAAUUUAUUCAAAAAACAGCAUGGAUAAUUGAGAAUGAACGGCCUAAAGAAUGGUUUGAAAGUCUUAGAAAUAAACCAUAUAAUGAAGCUAAAAAGAAUUUAUGUGAGUUAAUAGGAGUAGGUGAUAAAGUAGCAGACUGUGUGUGUUUAAUGUCUCUUGAUAAACCAUCUGCUAUCCCUAUAGAUACACAUGUUUGGCAAAUUGCUCGAAGAGAUUAUAAUCUUAGUUCAGGAAAAUAUAAAACAAUUAAUAAAGGACUUUAUAACAUAAUUGGUGAUUAUUUUAGGAAUCUAUGGGGAAGUUAUGCAGGUUGGGCACAAUGUGUUUUAUUUACAUCAGAUCUUUCAAUGUUUAAAAAUAGAACAAUUGAAAUGGAAAAAAGACUUCCAAAAAAAAUAUCCUUAGAUGAAAUAAACUGUAAUGAUAAAAUAUCAAAUACUAAUGAAUAA